AAUGCCACUAUACCGGCGACCAAUCAGAGCAAACCAACACAUUCUGAACGCAGGAACUCCCCCGAAGAAAAGUCAUUUAAGUGCUUUGUGGUGAUUUUCUUGUGGAAAAUUGUAUUAUUAGCAAGUGAAAAUAUGCUGGAUACACAGAAAUUGCACUGAAGCACCUGCUGCCACUGGAAGCUUAGCCAAAUGUUGGAUGUUUCGUCACAAAAUAGCUAAUUUUUCCAACAUAACCUACAAAGGUAUUUUCUAUUGACUUUGCUCCUUAGAUUUAGCAACUAUUUAUUGAGCGUGUGUGUUGCUGGGACAAGAGAAAUGAAGACUUCCACGUUUGCACUCAUAUCAAUCAAUUUGAUAUGCUUUAUCGCCCUGGCUGUGGCCGGAAGGGAUUUCUAUUCAAUCCUCGAGGUCAAGAGGUCCGCUAGUACGAAUGAAAUCAAGAAGGCAUACAGGAAACUCGCGGCAAAGCUCCAUCCGGACAAGAACAAAGAUGAUCCCAAUGCUUCGGAGAAGUUUCAAGAUUUGGGAGCUGCCUAUGAGGUGCUGUCUGAUCCGGAGAAGCGAAAAACCUACGAUAGAUGUGGAGAAGAGUGCCUGAAGAAGGAUGGCAUGAUGGACAAUAGUGAUCCCUUCUCCAGCUUCUUUGGGGACUUUGGUUUUCACUUUGGAGGCAAUGAGGGUGGUCAUCAGGACAUGCCACGGGGUGCGAAUGUCGUGAUGGACCUCUAUGUAACACUAGAGGAGCUCUAUAGUGGGAAUUUCGUGGAAAUCACCCGCUUUAAGCCUGUUCUGAAGCCUGCCAGUGGAACGCGAAAGUGCAAUUGCAGACAGGAGAUGGUUACUCGAAGUCUCGGUCCAGGGCGCUUCCAGAUGAUGCAGCAAACAGUGUGCGAUGAGUGCCCCAAUGUGAAGCUUGUCAAUGAAGAGCGAACGCUCGAAGUGGAAGUUGAGGCGGGCAUGAAGGAUGGCCAAGAGACGAGAUUUGUUGCUGAGGGAGAACCACACAUGGAUGGUGAGCCUGGAGAUCUCAUCAUUCGCAUUGUGACUGUGCCACAUGAGAAAUUUGAGCGGCGUGGUGAUGAUCUCUAUACCAAUGUCACAAUAAGUCUUCAGGAUGCACUGACGGGCUUUCAGAUGGAAAUCACCCACCUGGAUGGGCAUUCUGUGGCUGUUUCGCGAGAAAAGGUAACGUGGCCGGGCGCGAGGAUUCGGAAGAAGGGCGAAGGGAUGCCAAACUAUGAGAAUAACAACCUCCACGGUACACUGUACAUCACCUUUGACGUUGAAUUCCCAAAGCAGGACUUUACGGAGGAGGAGAAGGAAGACAUUCGCCGGCUCCUCAAUCAGUCGUCCAACAACAGGGUUUACAAUGGCUUGAGGGCAUAGAUAGUGGGUGGAUUAACCAUGUGAGUCUGUGUGUGUGCUGUAAAUAUAGGAACUUUAUAGAAGAGGCAAUUCCAAAAAAAAAGAACAUUGUGAAAGAAAAUAAAACAAUUCAGUGAAUUAGAAAA